AUGAUAACGCUAUUAUCAUAUGUAUGCGUGAUAUGUCACGCAAUAUUGCUAAUAAGGGCUGAUUCCAUGGCGGAUCCUUGGCCUGAGGUGCAAAAUCUUUUAUCUAGUAUACCUAAGUCCAGAGACCCCAUGAAAGAAGCCGCUAUGGAACCCAAUGCGGACGAAUUUGUUGGUUUUUAUGUACCGAUGGAUUAUUCCCCACGUAAUGAGGAAAGAAACUAUCAACAUAUUUGGCAAAGCGAAAUCACCGAUUUUCAACAUCAUAUUUACGAUUUACUUUUGCAAUCUAGUGAACAAUUCAACAACUCAGCAGCGACAUAUGCUCUUAGCCAAAUUCAUCUCUGGAACCAAUAUGAUUUUCCGCAUAAUAUGACUUUGGCAUACGAAUUCUUGGAAAAAUUCAAUGAUUUGACUCAUUUCACCAAUCAUUCGGCCAUUUUUGACCUAGCGGUAAUGUAUUCCACUGGAGGUAGCGGUAGUAUUAAUGGGAGAACUGCAAUUCCUCAAGAUUCUGCGAGAGCAUUGUUGUAUUACCAAAGGGCUGCCGAGUUAGGGAACCUAAGAGCUAAACAAGUGCUGGCUUAUAAAUAUUACUCAGGGUUCAACGUUCCCCGGAACUUCAACAAAGCUUUAGUUUUAUACAGAGAUAUUGCUGAACAGCUUAGAGGGUCGUACUCGAGAGAUGAAUGGGACAUCGUUUUUCCUACCUGGGAAAGUUAUAACGUGAGAAUAUCGGAUUUUGAAAACGGAUUAUUAGGAAAGGGUUUGAAUUCUGUUCCAUCUUCCACAGUGAGAAAAAGAACCACAAGGCCAGAUCUUGGCUCACCCUUUAUUGCACAACUUAAUGGUGCACAGGUGACCUUCGAACCGAUGGGUAGGUUCACUUUCAAUGGAAACGACGGUCACUUUAAUGACGAGGAAGAUGACGAAGACGCCAAUGAAAGAAGGAUCAUUAGGAUAUAUUACGCAGCCUUAAACGAUUAUAAGGGGACCUAUUCGCAAAGUAGAAAUUGCGAGCGCGCUAAAAACUUAUUGGAGCUAACAUAUAAGGAAUUUCAACCUCAAAUGGACAGUUUAGAUCCUUUGCAGGGUUUCUACUACGUUCGUUGCUUACAGUUGUUGGGGCACAUGUAUUUCACUGGUGAAGGUUCUUCGAAACCUAAUAUCACUAUGGCUGAGGAGCUUUUGCACCAGUCAUUGCAAAGAAGCAGAAGAUUCGUGGGGCAAAUGGGCAAGGCAUACAUAGAUCUAGGUUUAAUCAGUCAAUACAUCGCUGGCAAUGUUUCUGAAGCAAUUUCGUAUUAUAUGAAGGCUGUCGAAACGCCUGUUAACAAUGGAAUUGUGGAAUUCCAAUUAUCCAAAUUGGCCACUUUAUUCCCUGAAAAAGAAAUUGGGGACCCAUUCAAUUUAAUGGAAACUGCAUACUUGAAGGGGUUUAUCCCAGCCAUAUAUGAAUUUGCAGUAAUGACGGAAUCUGGGGUGAACAGCAAAAAUAGUGUGGAAAAUACCGCUUAUUUAUUUAAGACAUUUGUUGAUGAAAACGAAGCCAUCAUGGCACCGGAACUGAGAACAGCAUUUGCUGAAUUAAUCAACGACCGUUCAGAGGUGGCUUUAUGGGCGUAUUCUCGACUGGCAGAGCAAGGAUACGAAGCUGCUCAAAUUUCUGCUGCCUACUUGAUGUAUCAAUUGCCAUACGAAUUUGAGGAUCCUCCAAGAACCACGGAUCCAAGGAAGACCUUGGCAAUUUCUUACUAUACAAGAGCUUUCAAGCAGGGAAAUACAGAUGCUGGUGUUGUUGCGGGCGAUAUUUAUUUCCAAAUGGAGAAUUACAGUAAAGCUAUGGCUCUUUAUCAAGGCGCCGCUUUGAAAUAUUCCAAACAGGCCGUCUGGAAUUUGGGCUAUAUGCAUGAGCAUGGGCUAGGUGUAAAUAAGGAUUUCCAUCUUGCUAAGCGUUACUAUGACCAGGUGUUGGAACACGACCAUAGAUUUUAUUUAGCUUCCAAACUGAGUGUCCUCAAGUUGCACCUAAAGUCGUGGUUGGCUUGGCUCACCAGAGGAAAAGUGAAUUAUUGGGCACCUACAACGUCUUCCAAUGUCAACGAAGAUACUCUGCCCCCAAAGACGUCGUGGUACAAGCAGUUGACGAACAUCUUACAAAGAAUGAGGCACAAAGAGGAUGCCACAGAGGAUUCACAGAAACACAGAACAGUUAUACAGAAUGGUGCUGCCCACAGAGAUCAGGAGGAACAGGAGAUUUCUGAGAUUUUAGGCUUCCAAGUGGAAGACCUUAUCACCAUGGGAUGUAUCUUGGGAAUAUUCCUACUAAGCAUACUAAUGAGUACAUUGGCAGCCCGGAGGGGCUGGAAUGUCCGUUUCAAUGGCGCCCAGCUAAAUGAAAAUGGGAACCAACAGCAACAGCAACAGCAGCAAGCACAGGGUCCUCCAGGUUGGGACUUCAACGUGCAAAUAUUCGCCAUAUGA